AGGCAUUAUUGAAAGAAUAUUAUCGUACACACAUUAUUAAUUUGUACUCAUAAUAAUAAUGGAGAUUUAUGAAGAUUCAACAGCACCCAUGAGCCCUUUGAGCCAAUACUUCAACACUUGUGAAAUGUGUGUUUCUGUUUUGGGUGUGAUUGAGCUUGAAACUCCAAUCUCUUCAUGGGAAGACAUAUCCUCCAUUGUCACUGAUGUUCUCGUCCCUGCCAACCCACGUUUCACUUCAAUCAUGGUGAAAGAAAAGACUGAAGAGAGAAAAUGGAAGACAACUAAGGUUAACCCAAAAGACCAUAUUUACAUACCAAAUUUCCCAAUGGAACUCUCAUCAUAUGAAUAUGAUGCUUACUUUGAUGAAUAUGCAACAAAAACAGCCACAAAACCAUUUUCACAGGCCAUUCCUUUGUGGGAAAUUCAUGUUUUCAAUUACCCUACAACCCAUGCAACAUGUAGUAUAAUUUUCAAGGUUCAUCACUCUAUAGCCGAUGGAUUUUGUCUCAUGAACACUCUUUUAAGUUGCCUUAAGAGGGCCGACGAUCCUUCUCUUCCUCUCACUUUUCCGUCUAGACAACGAUCAAAACAACCCGGAAACGAACCCAAAUUUUUUCGUCUUAGCCAUUUCCCAGCUCGCUUUUUCUCUUCCAUUUCCAACUUCGUGUUGAACUUUGGAUGGAGUAUCAUGAAGAACACUUUCGUUGAAGAUGAUCCAACGCCCAUCAAACCACAAAAAGAUUCCAUGCAGCUUGUUAAGCCAAUUGCCAUAUCAACCAUGACCUUUUCUCUUGAUCAAAUCAAACAAAUCAAGAAUAAGCUUAAUGCGAGCGUUAAUGAUGUACUCACUGGAAUCAUAUUCUUGGGAAUUCGAUUGUACAUGCAAGAACAUAACCCCGAAUCAAGUGGAGCAAAUUCAAGUGCAUUGAUUCUACUGAAUACAAGAAAGGCCAAAGCUUAUAAAUCAGUUAAAGAAAUGGUCAAGAAAGACAGUGAUGCACCAUGGGGAAAUAAAAUUGCUUUCUUGCCAAUUCCAAUACCAAAGCUAAUUGAUUCUCCUGUUGUUUCAUCAACCCCUUUGGAAUUUGUGGAGAAAGUCAAAGAAAAAAUCAUGUUGCAAAGAAGCCCUCUCUCUGUUUUUUUGGCUGCUAAAGUUUUUGAAAUUCUGAAGAAUGUCACUGGCCCUGAGAUUGGAGCAAAGUUGUUCAAAAGGAAGCUAAAAAAUUCAAGCAUUAUGAUAUCAAAUAUGAUUGGACCUGUGGAGAAAAUGGCUUUGGUCAAUCUUCCAGUUAAAGGCUUAUACUUUACGGUUCCUGGCAUGCCUCAGAGUCUAAUGAUAACAAUUGUGAGUUACAUGGGAGACCUGAGGAUUGUAUUUGGAGGUGAGAAGUGCUUCAUAAAUCAACAGAAAUUGAAAGUAUGCAUUGAAGAUGCUUUCCAAAGGAUACUAGCAAAAGCAGUAAUUAAACAAAAGCUUUAAUUUCAAAAAGUGAAAAAAAUAAAAAUAAAAAUAUUUCAUCUAUGAAACCUAAAAGCUUCUUAUAAUGUCUUUUUCAAGACCACAAAUAGAAAAUUUUAGUUUCAAUGCAUUAGUAAUUAAUCCUUGAAUGAUCGUGCAUUAAAUCGAUGUAUAAGCUAUCUCCAGGUUGACUAUUAAUAUACUACUAUUAUUAUUGAACAA